AUGUGCAAACUCAUGCUUCAUCCAGCCCUUUCUUCCCCUGGCCCCCUUUCUUUUCCCUUGCCCACUCUCCUUCCUGCCACCCUCUCUCUCUCUACGUUUCCUCUGCCUACUCUCCUCCCCUCCUCCCCGCCUUCUCCCUCCUCCCCACUCUCCCCCCCCCCCCCCCCCCCCCCCCCCGGUCUCCUUCCCCUCGCCCCCUCUUCUUAUCCCCGCCCUUCUCCUCCCCCCUUGGCCACUUUCCUCCCCCCCGCCCCCUUUCUGUUGGAGGCUGCCAGGAAGUCAUCGUGGAGUGUGGCGCUGUUCGGUGCUCCCAGUGACGGCCGGACCAGCAAAGACAGCGGAUCGAGUGGAGUGACAGAAUUCCUGGUGGAGUGCGAGAUUGCCCCGGCGCUGGAGAGUUGCUGGCGGAGAGGGUUGCUUGGGGAGAGGGUUGCUGGGGGAGAGGGUUGCUGGGGGCGAGGGUUGCUGGGGGAGAGGGUUGCUGGGGGAGAGGGUUGCUGGGGGAGAGGGUUGCUGGGGGCGAGGGUUGCUGGGGGCGAGGGUUGCUGGGGGAGAGGGUUGCUGGGGGAGAGGGUUGCUGGGGGAGAGGGUUGCUGGGGGAGAGGGUUGCUGGGGGAGAGGGUUGCUGGGGGAGAGGGUUGCUGGGGGAGAGGGUUGCUGGGAGAGGGUGCUGGGGAGCGAGUUCGAUCUGGGUCUGGAGGUGAACAACUUCCUGCACUGCACCUGCCAGCCGUGCAGAUCCACGCCAGCGUGGCAGCCUCGCUGGCAGAGAAGAAGCAGAAGCGUGUGCUGUUUGAGGGGCUCAUGGAUCGGAUCAAGCACAUGCUGCCACCCGCUGACAUGGAUGAGGUGAUUGGAGCAACAGCGAUGGUCUACACCCACGCUGCUGUCAAGCUGUCAGAUCUCUCCCUGACCUUUACCAGGCAGCAAGACAUGUCCCGAUCUGUGAAGCUGCCCAAGGAGAAAAUCACCGACUCAUCCACAUGCU